CGUGACUGGUCCAGCCCAUCCCGGAAAAAGGAAACAGCAGGGCAGUGGGCCGAAAAAUAUUGUUUACCAUUUUCCUUUAACAGCGAUUGAAAAAAUAACAUAUUUAAAUGGAAAUAAACAGUGAUUAAGUGCAGAGUAUCCUCUAGUGCAUUAGAUUCUCUAUUCACAUCCCAUUUGAGGUAAGUGUGUUCUGUGUAAGACAAGACACCAAGCUAGCCAGCUAACGUUAGCCUAGCAGUUAGCCAGCCUUUGCAGCUGUUCAUACAUUUCUAGACAGCUAGCUAUCUGUCUGAAGGGCACUGUCCUUACUUUACAGAACGACAUGUAUAGGUAACAAAAUUGCACUUGUGUACAAAAGCUGUCAGGUCUCGCAUCGUGAUGUGGUGCAUGUUUAGUAUGUGGUGACACGCCCAGAACCAUGUUAGCUAGGAUACUAGCUAUAGUACAGUAAAUGCUAGCUAACCUUUGUUGCUUUACUUGACUGCACAAUUGAUCAGCAAUACUGUGAUGUCAACAGUGUAGACGUUCUUGUUAAUAUAUAUUUUAGGAAGGUCGUACAAUGUUAUGGUACACAUCUUGAAUAUGGUACUUAGCUAGUUGUACUUGUAAAUGAUAGUGGCGAAGUGGUCUAAGGCGUGAGUGUAGUGUUAGAUCGUAGCCGGCCGCGACAGGGAGACCCAUGGGGCGGCGCACAAUUGGCCCAGCGUCGUCCAGGUUAGGGGAGGGAAUGGCCAGCAGGGAUGUAUCUCAUAAGGCCCAGCGUCUGCUAAAUGACUAAAAUUUUAAAAAUGUAGUGUCAUAGGCUGUGCCUGGGAGGAAUACAAUGGUGUGUGUUUUCCUGCAGUAAAAAUGAAUUAUGUUUAGUUGCUUUCACAUAAAGGUUAUGAUUGCAGUAAUGGUGUGUUCAAGACAAUUGGGAACUCAGGGGGAAAAAACAAGGUCAAAUCAUGACAGCUCUAGAAAGAGGCCCGAGUUCCCGACUUGAAAUUCCAUUUUUUUUCCCCAAGUUCCCAGUUGCCUUGAAUGCACUGAAGUUGGAAGUCUGAGAUUUCCCAGUUCCCGGCUGUUUUGAAAGCAGCGUAAGUCUGUCUGAUAUGUAUUUUACAGUCACCACAAUGACAGCCAUCAAGCACGCCCUGCAGAGGGACAUCUUUACGCCCAACGAUGAGCGUCUCCUCAGCAUUGUCAACGUCUGCAAGGCGGGGAAGAAGAAGAAGAACUGCUUCCUGUGUGCCACAGGUGGAGCAUAAAUGCCGUUAAAGUCUAACAUAAAUCAACUAAUUUCACCAUAUCAGUGUGAAAUAAUGUACACAUUCAAAACAUGAAAACCACUGUCGGAGAUUUAUCAUCAGAAUCAGAUGUCUCUGAACAGUGAUUUCACUGAAAAUACUAGUUAUAAAUGGAUCCACAGAUCACUCACACCCUUUUAUUAUAAAUGUUUGUACCCCAGUCACCACAGAGAGGCCGGUGCAGGUGAGGGUGGUGAAGGUGAAGAAGUCAGACAAAGGGGAUUUCUACAAGCGACAGAUGGCCUGGGAACUGAGGGAUCUGGCUGAAGUGGAUGCAAAAGAUGCCAGCAAGGUCAGGGAAAGACAUUCAUUUUUCUCAUCUUCCUCUCACUGCCUGAAUGUAAUUUCUCAUAACUUUGUCUUUCUCUCCUCCUCCUCUUCCACGCCCUGUGGCCAUUCUUCUUUCCCUUCCUUUCUUCCUAUGCUUUGUCCUCCUCCUGCUAAUUUGGUUGAUAUUCACAUUUGACAUCUCUACUGUUCUGGUCAUUCAGGAGAACCCAGAGUUUGACCUCCAUUUUGAGAAGGUGUAUCGAUGGGUGGCCAGCAGCACAGCUGAGAAGAAUUCCUUCAUCUCCUGCAUCUGGAAGCUGAACCAGCGUUACCUGCGGAAGAAGGUGGAGUUUGUGAAUGUCAGUUCCCAGCUGCUGGAAGGUAUGACAGCUCUCUAACAAUGGGAGAGGAUCAAAAGCAUGUGUGUUUUCAAGUGACCCUCACUGUCCCCUGUGCCUUGCAUCUAUGAUACUCUUCUUUCUUGCCAGUUCCCAAUCUCCUGAACUCAACCUGAAGUGUCUAUGUAACCUGUGAGUUGACCUUAGUGUGGCUUAACACGUCUUUAUUCUUACUCUUCUCAAACUCUCACUGGCCAGAGCUUCCUAAAACGGAAGGUUGGUAGCAGUUAACUUCUUUUCCCAUUUCCUCGCCAUUGUGAUUUCACUGUGAUGAAUAACCAUUCUCAUAGUGGACUCACACAUCUUUGAAAGCUGUUGGUAUUGUUUGCCUUCUUUGGCUAAUGAGUGAGUGGCUGUUGAAUGGGUGCUACUGUAUGAAUAAUAAUAGUCUGUUCUGCUUUUUGUUUAGUUUGUUGUAUCAUAUAGUGUUUUUAUAAUAUAGUUGUACAAAUAGAAGGGUGAUGUUUGUUUGUUUGUGUUCAUGUGUGUGUACUGUACUGUAUGCGAUGUGCACAUUGUUAAACCAUCCUCUGCGUCCCUGGUUUAGAGUCAGUCCCCAGUGGUGAGAGCCAGAGUGUCGCAGGGGGUGACGAGGAUGCUCUGGAUGACUACCAGGAGUUGAAUGCCCGUGAGGAGCAAGACAUCGAGGGCAUGAUGGAGGUGUGCGAGUACGCCAUCUCUAACGCUGAGGCCUUCGCUGAGAAACUCUCCAGGGAGCUACAGGUUCUGGAUGGGGUGAGUAGACAGAGCCAUGGAGCCUUGGGUCUUCUUGAUACAGGGCUACAACAUAGACUUGAGUUGCCUGACAUAUACUGACUACACUGACCACUGUCCUAUGGUUGAUCUAUGGUUGAGCACAUUAGUGUGGUUUGCCAUAGAGAAUGAUGGAGGCCUCUAGUGGCCAAAAGGCUGUCUUAGUAUGGUCAGCGCCAUUGAGGGCUUCCACUAUGUGUCCGCCAUUUUAAAGUAGUCAUAGUAGUCAACUGGGUGGGGAUUCCUAUUGGUUGUAGCCACAAUGGCGCUGCCCAUGCUGUCACAGACGCUAAAAUGGCACAGAUAUAAAGAUGAGUCCUCUAUUUAUCUCUAUGGGUUUGGUUCAUUGUGAUUGGUUGAAUAGUGUGGUUACAUUGACAACCUCCCAUAAUCCCCCCAAUCCCAGGCCAACAUCCAGUCCAUCAUGGCAUCUGAGAAGCAGGUGAACAUCCUGAUGCAGCUGCUGGAUGAGGCUCUGUCGGAGGUGGACACCAUCGAGGGCAAGCUGAGCAGCUAUGAGGAGAUGCUGCAGAGCGUCAAGGAGCAGAUGGACCAGAUCUCCCAGAGCAACCGCCUCAUCCAGAUCAGCAACACCAACAACGGCAAGCUUCUGGACGAGAUCCAGUUCCUGGUGGUGAGGAUGGAGUUGAGGAUGGGGUUCAUGUUUCAGUUGGUUUGGUUUGGUUUAAUAAGAUGAUGUUGAAUGAUGAAUGCCUGUCCCUCAGAACUACAUGGACCUGUCGAAGGGACACAUCAGGGCCCUGCAGGAAGGAGACCUCUCCUCCUCCAAAGGCAUUGAGGCCUGUAUCAACGCCUCUGAGGCUCUACUGCAGUGCAUGAACGUGGCACUCAGACCAGGUCAUGAGAAACUGAUGGCUGUGAAGCAGCAGCAGCACCUGUUCACUGAGCUCAGAGAUACCUUCGCCCGGCGCCUCACCAACCACCUCAACAACGUGUUCGUCCACCAGGUAAUCCACAUACCACGGUAACACUUUGCUAGUCCACAAGGUAAUCUGAACAUGGUCUCAAGAUUUUUAUUCAGAUUUAAAUUCAAAACACAGAGACCUGAACAGCAUUUAUGACUAGAUGCCAGGCAUAACAGAGCACUGUAUACAGUGGCUUGCGAAAGUAUUCACCCCCCUUGGCAUUUUUCCUAUUUUGUUGCCUUACAACCUGGAAUUAAAAUGGAUUUUUUGGGGGUUUGUAUAAUUUGAUUUACACAACAUGCCUACCACUUUGAAGAUGAAAAAAUAUUUUUUAUUGUGAAACAAACAAGAACUAAGACUAAAAUACAGAAAAGUUGAGCGUGCAUAACUAUUCAACCCCCCCCCCCCCCCCCCAAAGUCAAUACUUUGUAGAGCCACCUUUUGCAGCAAUUACAGCUGCAGGUCUCUUGGGGUAUGUCUCAAUAAGCUUGGCACAUCUAGCCACUGGGAUUUUUGCCCAUUCUUCAAGGCAAAACUGCUCCAGCUCCUUCAAGUUGGAUGGGUUCCGCUGGUGUACAGCAAUCUUUAAGUCAUACCAUAGAUUCUCAAUUGGAUUGAGGUCUCGGCUUUGACUAGGCCAUUCCAAGACAUUUAAAUGUUUCCCCUUAAACCACUCAAGUGUUGCUUUAGCAGUAUGCUUAGGGUAAUUGUCCUACUGGAAGGUGAACCUCUGUCCCAGUCUCAAAUCUCUGGAAGGCUGAAACAGGUUUCCCUCAAGAAUUUCCCUGUAUUUAGUGCCAUCCAUCAUUCCUUCAAUUCUGACCAGUUUCCCAGUCCCUGCCGAUGGAAAAACAUCCCCACAGCAUGAUGCUGCCUCCAUCAUGCUUCACUGUGCGGAUGGUGUUCUCGGGGUGAUGAGAGGUGUUAUGUUUGCGCCAGACAUAGCGUUUUCCUUUCCAAAAAGCUCAAUUUUAGUCUCAUCUGACCAGAGAACCUUCUUCCAUAUGUUUGGGAAGUCUCCCACAUGCCUUUUGGCGAACACCAAACGUGUUUGCUUCUUUUGUUCUUUAAGCAAUGGCAUUUUUCUGGCCACUCUUCCGUAAAGCCCAGCUCUGUGGAGUGUACGGCUUAAAGUGGUCCUAUGGACAGAUACUCCAAUCUCCGCUGUGGAGCUUUGCAGCUCCUUCAGGGUUAUCUUUGGUCUCUUUGUUGCCCCUCUGAUUAAAUUACAGGUUGUAAUGCAACAAAAUAGGAAAAACGCCAAGGGGAUGAAUACUUUUGCAAGGCACUGUAUGUGUUUCUUGUUACAGUAUUUUAGUCUUUCCUCUUUUUGGCAGGCAGCUCUUUCCGUCCUCCUCAUCCACUUCCUGGUUAAGCUCUGUCUCCUCUGAUCCUGUCUCUUCCUGUCUCUGUCCUGUAUUCUUCCUGUACUGCUCUGGUCCUCCUGUUCUUCACUCUGUGCCUCUGCCUCACUCUAAACCACCCCAUUUUGAUCGCUCUGCUCUCUGUCCCUGUACUUCUGUAGUUCAACCACUUCAGUCACUUCAAAAUGACCAUCCCUCAGUUCUAUAGGUCCUCCUGUAUGUCGCUUCCAGUGAGUAGUACCCUCACAGCAACCCCCUUGACCCCUCCACUCUAACCUAUGAACUUUCCUACUUAUCUAUACACCCGUGUUUUCUUGUGAAAACGCAUUACUGACCGCAUGGGUCGUGCUGCUCAUGACUACAUUGCUAACCCUCCUCUCUUUCAUUUCAAUGGGUCUAAAAGCCUCAGACCUUCCUCCACCACCUCCUUCAUUGAAGGGCUUGGUUCUUCUUGCACUGUGCUUCCUGUGCCAGAGUGCUGUGCUGGGGUGCCAUGUCAUUAUACCUCUGCCUGUCUGCUCUACCUGCAUGCUUGGUAGCAGCACCAGUAGCAAGUAAAUAGACUGAGAAUGGUAGAAUAUGAGGAAACCCACUGAUAGCUCAGUUGGUAGAGCAUGGCGCUUGCAACGCCAGGGUUGUGGGUUCGUUUCCCACGGGGGGCCAGUAUGAAAAAUGUAUGCACUCACUAACUGUAAGUCGCUCUGGAUAAGAGCAUCUGCUAAAUGACUAAAAUGUUUUUUUUUUAAAUGUAAAUAUGGGACUUUUUGCAACAAAUGAAACGUGUGAUUGUCAAUUAAGUUAUUUGAUUUGGAAUAUUAAGGUCUGGGAUAUGGACUGAAGAGUAUUUUAAAUGGUUAAUCUUCUACUAACACCUGUUUUAAUGGUGUAUUAGGCAUACAUAUGUCCAGAUCCCCAUGAAUGCAGGGGAUGUCCCUAAAGGGACCAAGGGGGUCAAAGUCAGUCUUUCUUUGCCUGUGUGUGAAACGGAGAGUUUGUGUUUCUCUAUAUGUCAAACCCUUGUUAAUUCCCUGUGCUGCCUGUUUCCAGGGCCAUGACCAAAGCGCCACACUGUCCCAGCACAUGGCAGAGCUGACCCUGCCUAAACACAACCCCCUACACAGGGACCUGCUGCGUUACGCCAAGCUCAUGGAGUGGCUCAAGAACACCCAGAGAGAGAAGUACGAGGGCCUGUCCAGGGUGAGUGGCUUUGUCGUGAAACAUCAUCAUCAUUACCACUAUCUGUUAUCAUCAUUACCACUAUCUGUUAUCAUCAUUACCACUAUCUGUUAUCAUCAUUACCACUAUCUGUUAUCAUCAUUACCACUAUCUGUUAUUAUCGUUACCACUAUCUGUUAUCAUCGUUACCAGUAUCUGUUAUCAUUGUUACCACUAUCUGUUAUCAUCAUUAUGAUGAUCACCACCACUAUUACAUCUCUAUUUAUAUCAUCACCAGCAGCACAACGAUAACGUCUUACUGCAUUUCAUGACAAUUAAACAAAUGUUAAUUUGAAUUUUCUCUCCAUUUUCAGACCUAUGUUGAUUACAUGACCAGAUUAUAUGAACGAGAAAUCAAAGAUUUCUUUGAGGUGGCGAAGAUCAAAAUGGCGGGCACAACCAAGGAGGGGAAGGGAAAUAAGUUUGGUAAGACCUCUUGAGUGUUUUUAAAAAAUGUGUGUGUGAUUGUUUGUCUUUUCUUUUCUCUGUGUAGCCUUGUAGUUUGCUGUGUGGUUUGUUUUAAGGUGUCCUUUAGCCAAUUAGUUGUUUUUCCCUUGGGUUGUUGCGUAUGGUUUGUAUUUGUGGUGUGUGUGUGUGUAAUUGUGUUCAAUAUUUGAGUUUAUGUUAAUCUGUACUGUUUGUAACACCACCAGCUUUUUCUGCAUGGUUCAUUCCAGCAAACAUGUACUUACCUGGCCAUACUGCCUCCUGUUUCAUAGCCUUUCACUGCCUAGGAAAUGCCCCUGUGUGAUGUCAUUGUCCUGCUCAGUGUUGCUAGCUGGUGUUUUGCUCAAUGUUAUUUCCCUAUUUGGCUGCUUACUGUAUGAAGCCAUCACAUAAACCAGAGCCUGAUAUUAUCCCUACUACUCAUUCUGACUGCAGAGUAUGACACUAAUUGAGUGUUUUAAGACUAACUGGAGAUCCUAAACAUUACAAGAAGAAUGAAAACACUCAUUUAAGUUUUCCUGUAAAGUAAACUGAUAUACAGUACCAGUCAAAAGUUUGGACACACGUACUCAUUCAAGGGUUUUUCUUUAUUUGUACUAUUUUCUACAUUGUAGAAUAAUAGUGAAGACAUCAAAACUAUGAAAUAACACAUAUGGAAUCAUGUAGUAACCAAAGAAGUGUUAAACAAAUCAAAAGAGAUGUUAUAUUUGAGAUUCUUCAAAGUAGUCACCCUUUGCCUUGUUGACAGCUUUGCACACUCUUGGCAUUCUCUCAACCAGCUUCAUGAGGUAGUCACCUGGAAUGCAUUUCAAUUAACAGGUGUGCCUUAUUAAAAGUUAAUUUGUAGAAUUUAUUUCCUUCUUAAUGCGUUUGAGCCAAUCAGUUGUGUUGUGACAAGGUAGUGGUGUAAAAAUAAAGAAAAACCCUGGAAUGAGUAGGUUUGUCCAAACUUUUGACUGGUACUGUAUAUUAAAGUAAGGGCUCGAGUCAAUCCCUAGCGCGGAAGAUCUGCGUUGUAGUGCAGUUGAAAUGUACAUGUAAUUUCUGUUUGAGCCGACAUGCGUUUACCGUGAAUGCAGUCUCCACGAACUCGGAAACAUUGCCUUUAAAUGUAAAUUGCGCAAUAACGCUAAUGUUUUGCGAUAUGAAUUGAAUUGAGCCCUCAAUAUAUUUAUAUUUCAAUGCUCUGAAAAACAACCUUUUUGUUUAGAGAGCUUUGGUUUGGCAGGAUUAUAAGGCUCUGUUUUCUGUUAAAGUUAAGAAUUUCAGUCUUAACCUUUCCCUCUAGAGAACAAACUGAGCAAAACAUUUGUUUUCCAAAAGGUUGUCAGCCUCUGUAGCGCAUGUCAGUCUGUUACCUUUGACCUCUUAACGUGCCCCCAUGCUGCAUGUCAUGAGCCUAACAUGUCUCUGUCUCUGAUGCCUGCCAUUCUAACCGUCCGUCAGCCACGCUUCCGCGGAAAGAGAGUGCUCUCAAACAGGAAACGGAAAGUAAGUAUCCCAUUUGGGUCACGCAGUCGCACACCUGUAACUUGCCCCCCACACCCCCCCCCCCCCCACACCCCUACCCACCUGCUCCCCACUACUAUGUCCCUGAUACUGCAGCACAGCCAGGACCCCCUUCCCCUCGCUCAGAACCCUCCUCCUCUACUGACUUCCUCAGUACACCCAACCUGCCAUUUAUAGACCCUUUUACUGGCCGCUUGUUAAAGAGCACCUAAACUAACAUCAAUCAGACAUAAAAUCAAUAAGCAUGUACAUUCUUUAUGUAUGGCAUAGGAUAAUACUCAUUCACAAUACAAAAGGAUACAUUGAGGUCAACAUAUCCAGCAAGUUUCUCUGAUAAUGAAUGUCCAACAUCCAUAAUAAGAUUAAUUUGAACUCUUACAAAUGGUCAUUACUACCGAGCACACCUUUCAAUGUUUCAUAUGUUCUUCUCUCUCAAUUGUCUUCAGCUGUUCAUGUUAUGUGUAAUUACUGCUAAACUAACAUGUUUUAAAGAUGCAUAUUCACAUGCGCUUUGUGGCACACUUUUUCAGAAGCCACAAAGUUAUUUAUUUUCAAUAGCACAGUUGCUCUGCUUUGAAAAUAAGUCCCUGUGAAUGCAGCUUUGGUCUCAGGGGCUAUGGAUAGGGCAGUGUUCUACAGACUAGUAUUUAGCCUGUGGUUUGAACAUGUUUUCAACUGUUUCCCCUCUGGUGCCCCAGGCCUGCAUGGCAGCUCUGGGAAGCUUACAGGCUCCACCUCCAGUCUGAAUAAGCUGGCAGUGCAGGGCUCCAGCAGUAGGCGCUCCCAGUCCUCCUCUCUGCUGGACAUGGGCAACAUGUCUGCCUCAGACCUGGAUGUGGCCGACAGGACCAAGUUUGACAAGGUGAUAGUCACUGAGAGGACCAUAGCCACCAUACACUACCCCCUUUAUCGUGCAGAUACUACCUGUGGGUUUUUGUUGAUCUCUUUUUCAUUUUAGAUUCGUAGUUUGUUUUGUGUGUUUAUUUAUAUUGAUCAAUUGAUUUAGGUGUCUCUCUUUUUGUAGAUCUUUGAGCAGGUUCUUAUUGAGCUGGAGCCUCUCUGUCUAGCAGAACAAGACUUCAUCAGCAAGUUCUUCAAGCUACAGCAGCACCCCACCCUGGCUCAGGUAAAGUACAUGCUAAUCUGACUGGCUGAGUGUUUGCAAGUGAGAUUAUGAAUAACUUUUGAUUAACCACUGUUUUUUCUAUCAGGGAGAAGUGGAGGAGUCGGAUGGGGGGGUGCCCUCCAGACAGCCCCCUCCAGGGGAACACAGACACUUCAUAUCAUCGACUGAGUGAGUAGCUAGCUUCUCAUUUCUUACUGAGAUUUACUGUAUGCUCUUAACGUCCAUCAAUAGUACUAGGGGCACUAAACAUGCAACGAAUAUUACAAGUCCAUAUGUCAUCUUUCAUGGUCCACCUCUCGCCUAUCCUCCUCUUCACUUUUACCAUAUUCUCUUUCUUUCUGUCUUAUCACCUGUCUGGGCCUCCUCAGGAAGGACAUGGUGCGGUUGAUGAUGAACAAGAUCUUCCAGAGCAUUGAGAUGGAACUUAACAGCCUCAUCGCCCUGGGAGACAAGAUUGACAGCUUCCACUCCCUGUACAUGUUGGUGAAGAUGAGUCACCACGUGUGGACGGCCGAGAAUGUGGACCCCGCCUCCUACCUCAGCACCACCCUCGGCAACGUGCUGGUCACCGUCAAAAGGAACUUUGACAAGUGCAUUGUGAGUAUAGCUCACGUCAAAAUUUUUCUAGGGAUCUGUGUAUCUAGUACUGUUAAAGACUGUUGGCUGUGUGUGUGAACCAGUUAUUUUUCUGUCUCAGUCUGGUCAGAUUAGACAGAUGGAGGAGGUGAAGAUCUCUAAGAAGAGCAAGGUGGGCAUCCUGCCCUUUGUCACUGGGUUUGAGGAGUUCGCUGAGCUGGCUGAAACCAUCUUCCGUAAUGCAGAGCGCAGAGGAGAUCUGGACAAGGCGUAUGUCAAGCUCAUCAGAGCUGUCUUCAUGAAUGGUGGGUCUAAUGAUUUGGUGGACACGUUAAAUAAAGUCAUGUGGAUGGCUUCUAAUCUGUAUGAUGGUUGGGAAGCAGUGCUCUGAUUGGUGUUGGUCUUGCUGUGGGGUGUUUCCAGUGGAGAAAGUGGCCAUUGAGAGUCAGAAGACACCCCGUGACGUGGUGAUGAUGGAGAACUUCCACCACAUCUUCUCCACACUGUCCCACCUUAAGAUCUCCUGCCUGGAGACAGAGAGACGAGAGGCAAAACACAAGUACACAGACCACCUGCAGUCCUACGUCAUCAACUCCCUGGGACAGCCCCUAGAGAAACUCAAUGUGAGAGAGAGGGUUUAUACUUGGCAAUGUUAGUGUCGUGAGGGAGUGGGCCAAGGGUGUAGACACUGAAUUGAAUUAGUUUCAUGUUUGUAUGUAAUCUAUACAUUGUAUGAUACAUAUAACUCAUUAGAACUGUCAGAUAUUUCAGACAUACUCUAAACAUAUGCGAAACAUAUAGAAUGAAACAUUGCACACAGCUAAUCAGGUAUGCCCGUCUAUGCUUUGCAGCACUUCUUUGAGGGAGUGGAGGCACGUGUGGCCCAGGGCGUACGUGAGGAUGAGGUGAGCUACCAGCUGGCGUUCAACAAACAGGAGCUGCGUAAAGUGAUCAAGGAGUACCCCGGCAAGGAGGUAAAGAAGGGACUGGACAACCUGUACAAGAAGGUGGACAAGCAUAUGUGUGAGGAGGAGAGCCUGUUACAGGUGAGAGACAGACAGUCUAGCAGUUUAUCAUAACAAAUAUUUUGUACACUUUAACAGCUGGUAAUGUAAAUUUGUUGUAAUGGUUUAUCAAUUGUGGCGCAGUGGUCUAAGGCGCUGCAUCGCAGUGCUAGCUGUGCCACUAGAGAUCCUGGUUCGAAACCAGGCUCUGUCGUAGCCGGCCGCGACUGGGAGACCCAUGGGGCGGCGCACAAUUGGCCCAGCGUCGUCUAGGAUAGGGGAGGGAAUGGCCGGCAGGGGAUGUAGCUCAGUUGGUAGAGCAUGGCGUUUGCAACGCCAGGGUUGUGGGUUCGAUUCCCACGGGGGUAUGAAAAAUAAUAAUAAUGUAUGCACUCACUAACUGUAAGUCGCUCUGGAUAAGAGCGUCUGCUAAAUGACUAAUGUAAAUGUAAGUUCUCUUUGUACAAUAAUUGGAUGAAUUCCCCAUUUCCUCCACUAGGUGGUGUGGCAUUCCAUGCAGGAUGAGUUCAUUCGUCAGUACAAGCACUUUGAAGGCUUGAUUGGCCGUUGCUACCCUGGGUCUGGAAUUACCAUGGAGUUUACCAUUGGAGACAUGUUGGAGUACUUCUCAAGCAUUGCUCAAUCACAUUAAUUGCAAGAAUACAUGUGUGUAUAUAUAC